AUGGGGGAGAAGAACGUCGACAGCCCAGAUGCUCAAGGCCAGGGCCAUGAUACCCCGGCCGGUCUUCCCCGCGGCCAUGACUGGGCAUUGACUGAUCGAGUCAAAGCCCAGUAUGAACGGGACAUCGCAACGUAUGAACGAGAGAGGAAGUUGGGCGUCACCUGGUCCAAUCUGACAGUCAAGGUCGUCGCCGCGGAUGCUAGCAUUCACGACAACACAUUAUCCCAAAUGAAUUUACCCAGGGUCAUCAAAGAAGCCCGCCAGAAGCCUCCGCUCAAGUCAAUUCUGCAUGGAUCACAUGGCUGCGUCAAGCCGGGAGAGAUGCUGCUGGUCCUAGGACGACCCGGCUCCGGAUGUACCACACUGCUGAAAUUGCUGGCCAACAGAAGAGGGGGAUACACUUCGGUUGAGGGCGACGUGUUUUACGGUUCCAUGAACCAGACCGAAGCAAAAAUGUAUCGCGGCCAGAUCGUGAUGAACACCGAAGAAGAGCUGUUCUUCCCCACCUUGACCGUCGGACAGACCAUCGACUUCGCAACACGGUUAAAGGUUCCCUUCAAACUACCUAACGGGGUUACUUCACGAGAAGAAUAUCGCCAAAAAGCCAAGGAGUUUUUGCUGGAGUCGAUGGGAAUCUCGCACACCGAAGACACCAAAGUCGGCAACGAAUACGUCCGAGGUGUGUCCGGAGGCGAAAGAAAGCGUGUGUCGAUCAUCGAAUGUCUGGCAACUCGGGCAUCGGUCUUUUGCUGGGAUAACAGUACCCGUGGGCUCGACGCCAGUACCGCCCUUGAGUACACCAAAGCAUUACGUGUCAUGUCGGACGUGCUCGGCAUUACCACGAUUGUGACCCUCUACCAAGCAGGAAAUGCCAUUUACGAUCUCUUCGACAAAGUCUUGGUCCUGGAUACGGGAAAGCAGAUCUACUAUGGACCGAUCAAGGAGGCGAAACACUUCAUGGAGGACCUCGGGUUCGUGUGUGCCGAAGGAGCCAACGUGGCCGAUUUUCUCACCGGUGUCACCGUGCCCACCGAACGACAGAUUCGCCCUGGAUACGAGAACCGAUUCCCCCGAACCGCAGACGAGCUCAAGGAUCACUACGAGAAGUCUCCCGUGUUCGGGAAAAUGACUGCAGAAUACGAAUACCCCAGCACUCCAGAAGCUGAGGCAAACACCAAAGCUUUCCAGGAGGCCGUGGUCAUGGAGAAGGACAAGCAGCUCAAACACUCCAGUCCUCUGACGACGGGCUUUCUCACUCAAGUCAAGGCGUGUGUCAUUCGUCAAUACCAGAUCAUCUGGGGUGACAAGGCGACAUUCUUCAUCAAGCAGGCGUCGACCAUCAUUCAAGCCCUCAUUGCCGGUUCUCUCUUCUAUGACGCUCCUGACAAUUCGGGAGGUCUCUUCAUCAAGGGUGGUGCCCUGUUUUUUGGCCUCCUGUUCAACACUCUGUUGAGUAUGUCUGAAGUCACGGAUUCCUUCCUGGGUCGUCCAGUUUUGGCCAAACACAAGUCGUUCGCUUUCUUCCACCCCGGUGCCUUUUGCAUUGCACAGAUCACCGCGGAUAUUCCUCAGCUUUUGGUUCAGAUCACUUGUUUCUCGGUCAUUCUAUAUUGGAUGGCCGGUCUAGGCGCCACUGCAUCCCAGUUCUUCACGUUCUGGAUAGUGGUGUUUUCGGCUACAAUGUGCAUGACCGCGUGUUUCCGAGCGAUUGGAGCGGCCUUUUCAACCUUUGACGCCGCCUCCAAAAUCUCUGGGCUUAUGAUCAUGGUGGUGGUCAUGUACGUCGGGUACAUGAUCACGAAGCCUCACAUGCAUCCGUGGUUUGUCUGGAUCUAUUGGAUCGAUCCACUGGCCUACGCGUUUGAGUCCAUCAUGGGUAACGAAUUCCACAACACCAUCAUUCCCUGUGUCGGCACCAAUCUCGUUCCCAACGGGGCCGGAUACACCGAUGCUCAAUACCAAUCUUGUGCCGGUGUCGGUGGUGCCGUCUAUGGCCAGACUUAUGUCACGGGAGAUGACUACCUGCACUCACUUUCCUACCACCAUUCUCACGUUUGGCGGAAUUUUGGCAUCGUCUGGGCGUGGUGGGCGCUGUUCGUUUUUAUUACUGUCAUCUUCACCACCCGUUGGAAGUCGGAUUCGGAAAAGGGCAGCAAACUUCUGAUUCCACGAGAGAAUGUCCAUUUGGCUCGUCACAUCCUGGGAGACGUGGAAACUCAGGCUCCAGAGAAACAGGUCAUCAGUUCCGACUCUUCACUCAGAGAACAAAAUGCCGCGGCGGAGAAAAGCGACGAGGCCUUACUCCAAAACACGUCGGUCUUCACAUGGAAGAAUCUGUCAUACACGGUCAAGACUCCUCACGGUGAUCGCAAGCUUCUCGACAACGUCCAGGGCUGGGUCAAGCCCGGCAUGCUGGGCGCAUUGAUGGGUUCUUCUGGAGCCGGUAAGACCACCUUGUUGGACGUGCUAGCUCAGCGCAAGACCGAAGGUACCAUCGAAGGCUCGAUCUUGGUUGAUGGUCGACCUCUACCGGUCUCAUUCCAACGAUCGGCCGGAUACUGCGAACAGCUCGACGUCCACGAACCCUACGCCACGGUACGUGAAUCAUUGGAAUUUUCAGCCCUCCUUCGCCAGUCGCGGCAUACCCCGAGAGAAGAGAAACUCAAGUACGUCGACACCAUCAUCGAACUCUUGGAGUUGGGGGACCUUGAAAACACCCUGAUUGGCUUCCCCGGAGCCGGUCUCUCCAUCGAGCAGAGGAAGCGAGUCACCAUUGGUGUGGAACUUGUGGCUAAACCCAGUAUCCUCAUCUUCUUGGACGAGCCGACGUCUGGUCUGGACGGACAAUCGGCGUUCAACACGGUACGAUUCCUGCGCAAGCUGGCCGACGUAGGUCAAGCCGUGUUGGUGACGAUCCAUCAACCAUCCGCACAGCUCUUUGCACAAUUCGACACUCUACUUCUUCUGGCCAAGGGCGGAAAAACGGUUUAUUUCGGCGACAUCGGAGACAACGCGGCCACCAUCAAAGAAUACUUCGGUCGAUAUGGCGCUCCUUGUCCGCCCCAAGCCAAUCCGGCCGAACACAUGAUCGACGUCGUGUCGGGCCAUCUGUCCCAAGGCCGAGACUGGGCCCAAGUAUGGCUCGAAUCGGCCGAAUACGGCAAAGUGACGCACGAGCUGGAAGAGAUCAUCCACGAGGCUGUAGAGUCUGCUCCCGCGACGCACGACGACGGACACGAAUUCGCCAUGCCGCUAUGGGCGCAGAUCAAGAUCGUCACGCACCGGCUGAACCUCUCCCUGUACCGCAAUGUCGAUUACACCAACAACAAGUUCGCGCUGCACGUUUCGUCGGCGCUCUUCAACGGCUUCUCGUUCUGGAUGAUCGGCUCCGGCGUAGGUGAUUUGCAGCUCAAACUCUUCACCAUUUUCAACUUCAUCUUCGUCGCACCGGGAGUCAUCAACCAGCUGCAACCCCUGUUCAUCGAGCGACGGGAUAUCUUUGAGACGCGGGAGAAAAAGGCCAAAAUGUACGACUGGAAGGCCUUCGUCACCGCCCUGAUCAUCUCCGAGAUCCCCUACCUGUGUGUCUGCGCCCUGCUGUAUUUCGUCUGCUGGUACUACACGGUCGGAUUCUCGGGUGACAGCAACGCCGGCGGCGGGACCUUUUUCGUCAUGCUCUUCUACGAAUUCCUGUACACCGGCAUCGGGCAGUUCAUCGCCGCAUACGCGCCCAACGCGCUGUUCGCGUCGCUGGUCAACCCCCUGGUCAUCGGCACGCUGGUGUCCUUCUGUGGCACGCUCGUGCCGUACGGCCAGAUCCAGGCGUUCUGGCGGUACUGGAUUUACUGGAUGAAUCCCUUUAAUUACCUCAUGGGAUCCCUGCUGGUCUUUGACGUCUGGGACUCCAAAGUCAAGUGCAAAAAGCAUGAGUUCGCCAUCUUCAACACCCCGUCCAACGUGACCUGUCGCGAAUACUUGGCCGAUUAUCUCCAGGGUCCUCAGGGCGCGCUUGCGAACCUCACCAAUCCGGAUGCCACGAGCGAUUGCCAGGUCUGCGAAUACAAGACCGGGGCCGAUUAUUUGUAUACGUUGAAUCUCAAGCAUCAGUACGAUGGCUGGAGAGACGCGGCCAUUGUCGUCAUCUUCGUCUUCAGCUCGUAUGCGCUCGUCUAUCUGUUGAUGAAGCUGCGGACGAAGCAGAGCAAGAAGGCUGAAGGAUAA